GAGCUGGGGUAUCUCUCUGUAAGGGGGGGUGUCCUUGGGGGUUCACCCCCCCGAGCGGGGGUAUCUGCCAGGGGGGUGUCUCUGGGGGUUCACCUCCCCUGAGCGGGGGUAUCUCUGUCAGGGGAGUGUUUCUGGGAUUUCACACACACACCCCCCCCGAGCUGGGGUAUCUCUGUCAGGGGGGUGUCUCUGGGGGUUCACCCCCCCGAGCGGGGUUAUCUGUCGGGGGGAGCGGGCUGUGGGCUCCCGUCCAGGCAGGUGUUAGUCGUGAGGCGAUAGGGGAGCAGGGACUAGUGGGGGGGUUUAAGCCCCCACCCAGGGCAGGGCUGAGCUCUGAACCCCUCCGCGGGGGCUAGUAGGGUGUGGGGCUGGGCCAGGAGAACCAGAGGAGCCCCAGAGCCCCCCCCCCUGUGAGGUCAGGCGGGAGCCCCCCAGGCGUGGGCCCACCCCUCCGUGCCCGUGGAUGCUGCACCCCCGGAGAUGAUGCCACCCGAGGAGGAGAGCCCCGACGGCAGCGGGGAAGGGGACAGGGACAGUGACCUUGUCCUCCUGCGAGCCCUGAAGUGCGGCAGCGCCCGGAAGCAGGGCUGUGACCCCUUCGCCCAGACCCAGCGCAGCAAACUGCAGCAUCGCCGGGCGCGGAUUAACCAGCAGAUCAACAAGGAGAUGAGGAUGCGAGCAGGGGCAGAAAACCUCUUCAGGGCCACCAGUAACCAUAAGGUCAAAGAGACGGUUGCCCUGGAGCUGAGCUACGUGAACUCCAACCUGCAGCUGCUGAAGGAGGAGCUGGAGGAGCUGAACAGCAGCGUGGACGUGUACCAGAACGACAGCGAGUCCAUCAGCGUCCCCAUGAUCCCUUUGGGCCUGAAGGAGACAAAGGAGCUGGAUUUGCUGAUACCUCUGAAGGAUCUCAUCAGUGAACACUAUGGAGAGGAAGGCAUCUUGUUUGAAAAAGAAAUUAAAGAGUUCAUGGAGCUACGGCAGGCAAUGCGCACCCCCAGCCGCAACGAAGCUGGGCUCGAGCUCUUGAUGGAAUAUUACAACCAGCUCUACUUCCUCGACAGCCGUUUCUUCCCUCCCACCAAAAGCCUGGGUGUCUUCUUCCACUGGUUGGUGCAGCUUUCCCCAUCCCAACUGGGGCAUCCAAGAUGUUUGAUGUAUGAGCUGGGUUGCCAGCUCUUCUCUUCCUCCUCUGCUAGUGGGGAAACCUUUGUGGUCCAAAAGUCUGACCUUCCCGCUUACAAGCCCGGUGGCUACCAGGAGCUUCUCCCUCUUGCAGGUGCCUUUAAUUACCUGAAGGAAAACUUCUCCAAUGCUCCCAGCCUGGAUAUGAGCGCCGCCUCCUUGAAUAUGCUGGUGCGGCUGAUGGUCGCCCAGGUCCAGGAGUGUGUCUUUGAGAAGAUGACCUUGCUGCGUGCCCAGCAUGACUUCCUUGCCCGGCUACAACUGGCCCAGGAGGCGGCAAGGGUGGAAGAUGUCUACUCACUGGUGCACCAGACGAUGACCCAGGCCCACGUGAAGGAUUACGUUCCCUUCUCUUGGACCACCAUGGUCCACGUCAAGUCAGAGCAUUUCAAAGCCCUCUCCCACUACUUCGCUGCCAUCGCUCUCUGUGACUGCCCCGCGGCGUCAGAUGAUGAACUGCCAGAGCAGGAGAAGGCUUUUAUACAGUUCCACGUCACCAUGCCAGAGGGACCGUCACUCCCCAUCCUGCUGCAGGACCCCGAGGAGAGGAGGAAGCUGGGCAAGGCUCACCUGAAGAAAGCCAUCAUGAAGCACGAGGAAGCCAUGAGGAUUCACGGCUUGUGCAAGAUCCUGCGGAAGAUGGAUAUCCUCCAGGAGGUCCUCUCCUUCGCCCACAAACGCUCGCUGAGUAAAUACUCAGAAAUCGACCACGAGGAAGACUUCUUUGAAACUGGAGAUGCCCCGGACAUUCACCCCAAAACACACCAGAAACCAGAGAUAAAAUCCCCCAACUUCUCCCAGGUGAAGGUGACCGACCUCUUCCACAGGCUGGGACCCCUUUCAGUUUUCUCAGCCAAAAACAAAUGGUACCCAGCACGAAGAGUCCACCUGAUGAGAGGAGAGAACGGUUUUGGGUUCACAUUGCGAGGAGACUCCCCCGUCCUCAUUGCUGGUGUCAUCCCAGGGGGCUGCGCUGCCGAAGCUGGGCUGAAGGAGGGAGACUACAUCAUCUCGGUGAAUGGCAAGGACUGCAAGUGGUCCAAGCACGCCGAGGUGGUUCAGCUGCUGAAGAGCACUGGGGAGGAGGGAGUGGAGAUCAGUGUGAUAACCCUGCAGGGCUCAGAGGGAUCGAAAACCGCAGACAAGAAGGCAGCGGCGAUGUCCUCGGGCAGUGGGAUGCUGAAGAGCAACAAGGAGAACAGCCGGAAGAGCCUGAUGAACAGCAAGAGCGCCAGCACGCUGCUGGUCUGGAGCAAGAAGAGCAAGCGGAGCAAGAAGAGCACCUACAGCGUCCCCUUCACCGCGGUGGGAGACAACGAGGCCAUGUACUGAAGCGGCCACCGGGCCGGGUUGUGUCCCACGAGCUCCGGGGCUGGCUGCCCUUGAACCUUGGCAAGCACCGGUGGCCCGUCCUGGCUGUGCUGGUGUCGGUGCUGCAAGGACCCCCCUGCCCCGGGGACGUGCUGCUGGUCGGAUCCUCUCCGAAGAGGCGAGUGACGUGCAGUACCAGACUCCUCCAUCUCCCAACUCCUGUGUUAAGUGAUCCUCAGCUAAAGAACACGGCGAAACACUGAUUUUUAUUCUUCAUUUUUGCAUUUUUAUUUUCUUUCGCUCUUAAGGGGUCCUGGGGAGCUGCGCUUCAGUAUAAAGCGGGGACUGGUUUGUGUCUUCUGCUCGGUGCAAGAAGCAGCCAAACCAAGCCCCAGCCAUUAAAGCAAAAGCUGUAACCUUC